AGCACAAGCCCAAGAUGGCAGGGUUCCUUACAAUUCCAUAAGUGCAUCCCAUGAAAAUGACGCCCUUCAUAUGCAGUUCUCUUCUCCAGAAUAGCCCUAUCUGGUUGUGCCCUCUGAUUCUGCUGCUCCUGCGGCUUCUCUUUGGGCACGAGGAGGUCUGUGACACGAUUUUGAAGGCUAUUUCGAAUGCAUCUGCUUGCAAACGAGCGUGCCACAAGGCAUAUCACAGAAUCCAUGCGCAAGUGAGGAAGGUCUGGGAGCAAGACACCCUGACCGUUGCUCCUACCUGCGAUGGAUGCAGCCAAGCCUCGGUAGACUCGGUGGACGAUGAUCGGGGGCUUUGUGAAGUUCAGGAAGUAGACGAGCCGAGCUUGCUGGAUGGCGAGCAGGGCUCUACGGACGCACGGCAGGACAGCCUCGGUGAACAUCUUUUCCUCUCAAUGUGGCUUGUACUGCUGGCUUUCUAGUAUAUGACUCAGCUAUACUCAGCUCCUGGCUGAGCGACUUCGAAGCUUCGACCAGCUUCGACAAGUGCAGCUGUGUGACGCUUCGAAAUCUCGAGGACUUUUAGACGAAGUCAGAAUCGCUGAACCAUUAGAUCCUCAUGUGAUAUGUGCGAAUGUCCCCAAACAAGUUGCAACGUUUGAAGUUUUCGGAAAAGACAGAGAUGAUUUUACUGUUCUCAAAGAGCGAUCUAUGAAGAGGACCAGAUGCACUGUUUGCUUGCCGAAAGAGAUCUGUGUGCUUUCUAUGUUGACAGGUUCAGAUGGUUUUCGCGAAGUUUCACCUGGACUUUUGAGAGGCAUUUGUUUGAGGCUUGGAGCUGCGACAGCCUGGAACAGAUGUUCACCUAACAAGUUUCGUAGUGUGGAGUGAAACUCCAGUUGAUUUGGUUCCUGCGUUUGGCUGUUGCAAGUCUUGAUUAUCUUCCGACGUAUGGCAGUAGGCUCAAGAUUUUCUUAGAAGUCCAGACAGGUUCAAGAUCCAGAAUUGCAGAGGAGAUUGGGCCGUGGAAAAA